CUGUAGGUUUGGGGAGGUCGAGGCAGGCCUCACCUUUGUGGGAGUGGUCGGAAUCCAUGACCCCGCACGGCCGGAGGUGGCCGCCGCCAUCACGCAAUGCGCAGCUGCGGGGGUGCGCGUGGUGGUGGUCACAGGCGAUAAUAAGCUCACUGCGGAGGCGCUUUGCCGGCAGAUUGGGCUGAUGCAGGGCGGCGCAGAGAGUGCUCUCGCCACCGGCGGCGGCAGCCGCGGUUGCGGCAGUGACGGCGGCGAAUGCUCGAGCAGCCGCAGCUCGGGCGAGGAGGGUGCCGGUGGGUCCAGCGGUUUGAGCGGCGGCUUGACGGGGCGGGAGUUUGCUGCGCUGGACUAUGAGGCGCAGUUGCGGGCGGUGGCCGAGUGCAGUCUCUUUGCGCGCACCGAGCCCGCGCACAAGCUGCGGCUGGUGGAGCUGCUGCAGCAGCAGGGCUACGUUGUCGCGAUGACGGGCGACGGCGUCAACGACGCGCCUGCGCUCAAGAAGGCCAACAUCGGCAUCGCCAUGGGGUCAGGCACUGCAGUCGCAAAGACGGCGUCCGAUAUGGUCCUCGCCGACGACAAUUUCGCUUCCAUUGUCGCAGCGGUGGAGGAGGGGCGCGCCAUCUUUUCAAACACGAAGGCCUUCAUCCGCUACCUCAUCUCGUCAAAUAUCGGCGAGGUGGCGUGCAUUUUCCUCACUGCGGCGCUCGGCAUGCCCGAGGCCCUCGUGCCCGUGCAGCUGCUCUGGGCCCUCUUCCCCGGCGCUUGCACCGUCAACCUCGUCACCGACGGGCUGCCCGCCACUGCCCUCUCCUUCAACCCUCCCGAUGCGAAUGCGAUGCGCCAGCCCCCGCGGCCUCUGUCGGAGCCAUUCAUCGAUGGGCCGCUCGCUCUUCGCUACCUUCUCAUCGGGCUGUACGUCGGCGUCGCCACCGUCGCGGGGUUCGCAUAUUGGUUCGUCGGUUUUGAGGGCGGUCCCCAGAUAACUCUGCACCAGCUGACACACUUUGGGGAGUGUCCCAGCUGGCCCGUUUCCGACGGCGUCGAUUGCGCGGUCUUCACUUCAUUGCGCCCACGCACCGUCGCGCUUUCGGUGCUCGUCACCAUCGAGAUGUUCAACGCGCUCAACGCCCUCUCGGAGAAGGCGCGCCUGCCGCUCGAGCCUUGCUCGGACCUUGCUCGGCCUCGCUCGCGCCCCUCAGCCGAGUCCCUGCUCGCCUUCCCGCCGUGGCGCAACCCGUGGCUCGUCGGCGCGCUCGCGCUCUCGUUCGCGCAGCAUUUCGCCAUCCUCUAUGUCCCCGCGUUCAACCACGUGUUCGGAGUCGCACCCAUCUCGUUCGCUGAGUGGAGGCGCCGGCCCGUCUCGGCAUGGCCCCAUCUAGCCUCGUUUUGCUCUCAACCCUGCCGCUUCGCGAUCUGCGCAGGCUCGUCCUCGCCGUCUCGGUGCCUGUCGUUGCUCUCGACGAGUGCAUGA